AUGCAACAUCAUAGCGUCGAUAACAACCCGCCACUUCUUGACAAGCAUGAAAAAUUUGAAGAGACCGAUCAGCUGCCCAUGUUAAGGGAGAAGGAAAAGCUUCCGAAACCAGCGACUGAUCAACCAUGCUCAAAUCCGUUCCCCGAUGACAGCCAGCACAGAAUACUUGAAUUGCAGAAGGCAUGGGUGUGGCUUGCAGCCGAAAACAGUUUCCUGAAGACUACCUGCGCCCAAGAGAAGUGCUCUAACAGACAUCUGCGCAAACAGGUUCAAGCUCUUAAAGAGGCGAUCAUGAUUCUGCAUGCCCAGAGGUCUGAGCACAGUGAGAAGGACGGGCCACGACCUCAAGUUGAGAAAUUUCACACGAUUGUUAAGCGAUUGGAAAGUUUGGAGGAGGAUUGGAAGGAAAGCAUACGAAAGACCGAAAACAGCACGAGAGAGCUCAGUCAGUUGAGAGUGGAACACGCACAAGUGCUCGAAACUUCUUACAUGCUGCGAGAUGCAUAUGAUAAGCAGAUUGAAAGGCUGAAACUAGACAUACAGGAGAACGAGAUUAAAUACCAUGACGCGGAAAACCGAUAUUGCUGCAUGUCAAAACUUUAUCAAGAUCUGGAAAGCUCCUCACGAAAAGAAGAGGAGAAGCAUGCACGAUUUGCCAGUCAAAUCCUACAAAGGCACUCUGAGAUGGAGGAGCAAGUGUCGCAGUGGAUAUCGGGUUUAGAGUCAAACAUUUCACAAUUGAGCGACAUUCUCAAUACUUCCAAGACCAGUAUUUCUGUUGCCCUCCAAUCCACGAACAGGCUCAUCUCGAUCCAAAGAGAACGAUGCCAGAAGCUGGAAGAAGGGAGGCGGACAAAGGAAGCCCAUGUCAAGAAGCUGUUGCUCCUCGUCAAGGACUUGGAGGGUAGGGCCAAGUCUUCCUUGGAGCGAUUGGAGGAGGUUGAAGAGGAGCGCCUGAGCCUUCAGGCUUCUCUGUCCCAUCUGAAACAAGCAAGUUGUGAGAAAGACAUUCUGAUAGAACAGCUGGAUAGACAGUGCGCCGAAUAUGAAGGCGCAUUGACAACUGCAAGAAGUUGCAAAGAGUUGAAGAAAGCUACUAGUCUCAAGCAGCUGAAUUCCAAACCAAUCAAGGUCAAGACUGAACCUCAAACUCGUGCAUUAACGAUGAGAGCUCCAACGGAGGCGAUAUUGGUUCCCACAAUGCUUCCGAUCAGCAAGAAGUACCUUCCAGAAAGCCGUUGA